UCCACCAACCCGCGCCGCCGCCGCCGCAGUUUCGCACGCGCCGGCGACAUGGCGGGCUGGAUCUCCUCGAAGCUCAAAGCGGCGGAAACCCUCCUCCACCAAAUCGACCAGCAGGCGGCGGACACGCUCGGCAAGUCCUCCUCCGCCUCCGACCUCACCGCCCUCCACCAGCCUCCCUCCUCCUCCGCCGCCGCGCUCCUCGACUCCCCCGCCCCGCGCAGGCCGCCGCCCGCGACCCCGCUUCCCUCCCUCGGCCUCCGCCUCGCCGCCAGGCGCCACUCCCAGCCUCCCCCUCCGCCCCCAUCCGCGCCCCGCCGCUCCGCCUCCGCCGCGGCGGAUCUCUCCGCGCAGGAUCGACCCGCUGGCGAGCCUGCGGGGUCGGUCAAGGCGGAGGAUGAUCGGGGGGGUCGAGGGGAGGACGGCAAGGGAGACCCGUCUGAGAGCGGGAGCGGGAGCGAUGAGGAUUCGGAUGGGUCCGGCAGCGACGAUUCGGAGGAGGAGAGGCGGAGGGAGGAGGAGAGGACCCGGCGACGAGCUGAGCGGCUUGCGGCCAUGGCCGCAAGAGCGAUCGCGGAGAGGGAGGAGGCCGUCGCGAGGCUCGAGGGCGAGAAGACCAGCCUUGAGAAGCUGCUCGCCAUGCGCGAGAAGGAGCAAGCUCAGGAGGCUUCAGAGUUGCAGACUAGUAUGAUUGAAACUAUGGAAGCUACAGAGAUAGAGAAACAGCGGCAUCACAGCACUAGAAUGGAAGCCCUUGUGCGAUUGGCUGAGCUUGAGGUUACAAAUGCAGAGCUUGCAAAAUCACUUGCCAGGGAACAGUGGAAUUUGGAAGUUCAGGUUGAUCAAGUGGCUCAUCUUCGAGAGGAAGUUGAUUUGAAGACUUUCGCUCAAGAUAAAUACAAGAGAAAGAUAGCAAAGAUACAGAAGACAAGCGCCCCUUUGGUUGAUGAAAUAGAAUCCUUGAGAAGAUUAAAGUUGGAAGACGAAAUUAUUGAUGCAGAAUACACUCAAACCUGUGAUAGAAUUGUCAGCUUGAAAGACAAGGCAAGGAAGAUUGAGGAAAAUAUUGAUCUGACAAGAAGGGACAUGGUGCAACCUACAGAGGUGGAAACUGAACUCAAGAAGAGGCUUGAUCAACUCACUGAUCGGUUGAUUCAGAAACAAAUGCAGGUUGAGUCCCUAUCUUCAGAGAAGUCAACUUUGGUACUGAGAAUCGAGGCUGUUUCUAGAUCGCUCGACAGUAAUGCCACUUCAAGCUCCUCGAUAGACAUAGAAACCGGUACAUGGCAACAUUCAUACUCUUCGCCAAGGCUGCGUGACCGGAUACGGACAGGGCAGCAGCAUCUGGGAUCCGCGAUACGACAGCUCGACUCCAUCUUCUCGGCCGGCCACAUCUUCUUGAGGCGGAACCCGAGGGCGCAGGUCGGGGCCGCGGUGUACCUGGUGUGCCUCCACAUAUGGGUCCUGUACAUAAUGUCUUCACAUCCUGCAGUGCCGGACACCCACUCCGGUGCUACAUUCUCUUUGGAGUCGAUAAACAAGACCAGUAUUUAACCCUGUGUUUUACUCUGCAUUUUUGUUUUCCCUAUAUCAUAGCCAUACAUAUAGCCUAUUCCUGUGUAGAGAGGCUUGCUUACUCUUGACAGAGGACAUUACUGACUUUGUACGCCAUUGUUGAAAUGACUUUGGAUGGAUGUGCUGUACCAGUCUGUUUCAGCAUCAA